CACACUUCAUUCUUCAGCACUGAGGAAACGUUUCGUCUUUCAAUAGAAAAUUCUUUUAUGACAAUUCAAGAAUCCAAGGAAGAAGAAAUGGAAGCACAGCACAGGAGCAUGGAGGUGAGGGCGAUGGAGGCUCUAGGGAAAGGCUUCGAUCUCACCAGUGAUUUCAGAUUGAAAUUUACUAAGGAACGCCUUGUGGAGUUGGAUCACCAAAACAAGAGAGAUGUAAUUGUUCCCGGUGGCCUUACUAUUCCUGAUGUUUCUCAGGAUAUUAGAUUCGAUAAAGGCGACCGAAUUCGCUUCAAAUCUGAUGUUCUCGAAUUCAAUCAGAUGUCAGAAUUACUUAACCAGAAAUGUUCAAUACAAGGAAAGGUUCCUUCAGGAUAUCUUAAUUCCAUUUUUGAUUUAAGUGGAGACUGGUUUCGUGAUGCUUCAGAUACCAAAUAUCUUGCUUUUGAUGGUUACUUUAUUGCAUUGUACUAUUUGCACCUAACAGCAUCUCCACUAAUAUUGCAAGAAAAAGUAAAGAAGUCUGUUCCGCCUCAUUGGAAUCCAGCAUCAUUGGCUAGGUUCAUUCGAACAUUUGGUACACACAUAAUAGUAGGCAUGGCUGUUGGUGGUCAAGAUAUAAUUUGUGUACGACAGCAACCUACCUCUCCAAUUCCUUCUGCUGAGCUCAGAAAGCAUUUGGAGGAUCUCGGGGACUUUCUUUUUUCGGAUAGAAGAAGCCCAUCCCUAUUACAAAAGAAUACAAGAGAUGGCAAACACAAAGUUCCUGAGGUCUUUAGCCGUAUUCUUCAGUCAAACCCCAUGCCAUUGACCAGCAUUACGGAAACAUCUUCCAAGGAGGGCCUCACUAUCAUUUGCUCGAAAAGAGGAGGUGAUGUGUUCUCACAUUGUCACUCAAACUGGCUCCAGACUGUGCCUAUAAAUCCAGAAGCAAUUCUCUUCAAGUUUGUACCCAUUACUUCUCUUCUCGCUGGGAUUCCUGGCAGUGGUUAUCUUAGUCAUGCGAUCAACUUGUAUCUCCGUUACAAGCCUGCUCCGGAGGAUCUGCAAUACUUCUUGGAAUUUCAAGUUCCAAAGCAAUGGGCACCUAUGUUUUGUGAGCUGCCUCUGGGACAUCAAAGAAGAAAAGCUUCUUGCCCUUCCUUGAGAUUCAGCAUAUUGGGUCCUAAAAUAUAUGUCAGCCCUUCCCAGGUUUCAAGUGAUCAAAAACCUGUUGUUGGCUUGCGUUUGUACUUGGAGGGGAAGAAAAGCAACCUACUAGCAUUACACCUUCAACAUCUUUCAAGUCUUCCAAAUAUCAUGACCUUCCCAUCAACAGACACUACCAUAUGCAGGCCAUGUCAGUGGCUAGGCUCUGAUGAUUAUAAAUCCAGUGACCAGUUCUUGGAACCCAUUAGAUGGAAGAGAUACUCUAAGGUGUGCACAUCUGUUGUGAAGCAUGAUCCCAACUGGUUACAGGGAGAUUCAACCGGUGUUUUUAUCGUAACGGGUGCACAGCUCCUUAGUAAAGGGAAGUGGCCUCAGACAGUGCUUCACCUUCGUCUGCUGUUCACACAUUUACCGAACUGUGCCAUCAGGAAAACAGAGUGGGCUGUUGCACCAGAGGCAUCUCAUAAGUCGACUUUUCUCACUAAUCUGAGCACUACAUUCACGUUUACUCAGCGAAACAUCACUGGUCCAGAAAAGCAACCUCCAGCUACACUUAACUCUGGAGUAUAUCCGGAUGGUCCUCCUGUUCCAGUUCGUUCUGGAAAGCUUCUUAAGUAUGUAGAUACAGCUGAGAUAUUGCGAGGCCCGCAUGAUGCUCCUGGACAUUGGUUGGUCACAGCUGCUAAAUUAGUAACUGAUGGGGGCAAGAUUGGUUUGCAUGUGAAGUUUGCAUUGUUAGACUAUCAAUGAAUUUUACUUGUUUGCAUAUUGUGAAUUGAUCUUUAAGUGCUACUUUUUGUUACUUCUUAUUUUUUUUUGUUAAUUUUUAUAAUUAUAAUAUUCUUUUCUAA